AUGAGCACCAAUUACAGCAAGAAUGGCAAAUUGGUUCGUAUCGGACUGGAACCCCUCGGUGUUCACGCCGGUACAUCGCGCGACCCUCUCAACCAAACCGUCCUCCGACUGUUCUACGGUGAACUUGCAAUCCACUUCCCACAUGUCGAUCUAUCCUUGUUGAACCACUUUGAAUCGUGCUUCAGCCUCUCUCCAGAGGAGUACAGGCUCGCCGCCUCCCUACCGGUCUCCGAUAAAAAUAUACAAGCGCGGUUCGCAGGAUUCAAUUUCCAGCGAAACGGAGACAUCACCCCCAAGGGGUACUUUGCAUUUGGUGCCAAAGCGACCGUCCAGGGCGUCUCCAGGACGGCUCUCGCUUUGAACGCCCUUCGGACCAUAAACUCGUACAGCCGUGACUCGAAAUAUCUCGCUGCCGUUUCGAACCUCGGCGAUUUCCUCACGUCCACGGGCCUCGAACCGUUGAUGGUCGGGACGGAUUGCAUCGAAUUCACCAAGUCCCGGAUCAAAGUGUAUGUCACGGCGCCUCAGUUCACAGCAGCCGGCCUGCGCGACCUGUGGACGCUCGGCGGGAGGGUAGACACCCCGCUGACGGCCAAGGGCUUGGAAAUCGCUGAGCAUUUCAUGCGCCUGAUUAAUUAUAAGCCAGAGCACAAGCGCGUGGACGUGGAUAUUUCCUCCCUCCUUGCCAACUAUGAGCUCAGGGUUGGCUCGCCCCAUCCGAAGCCUCAAAUCUAUUUCCCGCUGCACAGGGUGGAUGAUGAGGAGGCGUCGGGUGCCAUUGCCCGUUUCUUUGAGUAUCUGGGGUGGCACGGUAUUGCCACGACCUUCAAAGAGGAUCUGAUUUCGAAUAUGCCCUCCACAUCGUGGAAGGACAACAAGAAAAUUCAGAAAUGGGCUGCAUACGCCUAUUCGGAAGCGGGUGUAUAUCUGACGGUCUACUACAAUGCUGCUAGCGCCAGGGCUGGGAGUUUGUAG